GCAAAAUUUUAAAGACAAAUUUAAAAACUAAAAGAUAAAUGAGUGUAUUAAUUGGUGAAGAAUCUAAGAGUAAAAAUUGUUAAAUAUAAGUGAAUUAAUAAAAUGAAGAAAGUGUAAUUUCAUAAAUUCGAAUUUGGGAACAAGGUAAAACUGAUAUUUAUUUUAGUUGCUCGAGAAUAUUAACAAGAGAUACAAGUAAAAAUAAUAUGCAAUAAAAUAGUAAUUACAACAAUAAAUAUGGGAUAACAAUAUGAAUAAAGUAUUUCAGAAAUGUAAUGGUGUUCCAAAAAACUAUUUGGAAAAAAUUAAACGAAUGAAAAUGGGUAAAUCUAAUAAAAAAUGCAGUAUAUGCUUUAAUGAGUUCCAAAAAGGUUUAAAAUAAUAAAUAUUUAUAGAUGAAUUAAUAAUGCAGCUUCCAUGUUAACAUAUAUUUCAUGAACAUUGUUGUAAAUCAUGGCUAGUCAAUAGUCGGAAAUGUCCAAAUUGUAGAUCUGAUGUCGUUGAGAUGAUAAAGAAUUAAUUAAAAUGAGAAAACCAUGAAAAA